AUGAGCUUCCACUACUCAGCUGAGGAGGGCUCCAUCCGCGUCGACGACAACCACAUUCUCAGGGCUCGCCUCCAGCGCGCCGACGGCGAGUGGCAGGACGCUGAGAUCGACCUCAACAAUCACAUCGGCAACGAGAACGGCUCCUUCUUUUGGGACGGCAACAACUUCUCCGAUACUGCCCAAGAUGUCCACUUCGCCAUUGAGGGCGGCGGCGAAGUCCCUGUUCUCCGUGCUACCCUGCUCAACGAGGACGGUGAGGGUGUCCAGCGCGACCUGAACCUUUCUGAGCGCAUCCAGAACUACGAUGGCACCUUCUCCUUCAGUGAGUGA